AUCAUCACAUCUCAUAUACAUACACAGCUUCUAAGCUCUUUAAAAAUUGAUUCCACACGAUAUCUCUCUCUCAUCACUCUCAACUUUCUCUCUCUUAGUAAUCCUCUAUUCUUACCCAUCUGGGUUUUCUUUCAUUGUUGAUCAGUUUCAUCGAUUGACUCGUGUAUGUGCCUACAUAUAUACGAAUGGGAACGAAGAAGACAAAGGGAAGGGUUUCGAGGAUUGGAAGCUAUGCGAUUGCAUCAUCCAUUGCUGACCCAACUUCCAUUUCCUGCACUACCUUCAACAUUCUCGCCCCCAUUUACAAGAGGCUCAAUAAAGAGGAUCAGAGUUGUCGCGAAAGUGAUAUCCGAGCGUAUUGGCUCAAUAGGAACCACUCGAUAUUGGAUUGGUUGUUGUAUGAAAGAUCUUCGAUUAUUUGUCUUCAGGAGUUUUGGGUUGGAAAUGAAGAACUUGUUGACAUGUAUGAAAGGAGACUUGGUGAUGCUGGCUAUAUCACUUUCAAGCUUGCCCGCACCAACAACCGUGGCGAUGGUCUGUUGACGGCUGUGCAUAAAGACUACUUCAGGGUUUUAAACCACCGAGAGUUUCUAUUCAAUGAUAUUGGAGAUCGUGUUGCUCAGCUAUUACAUGUUGAAUUUGUUGCACCUUUUUCACAAGGUCGAACCAACAAUGUUCGACAAGAAAUGCUCAUCGUGAACACCCACCUAUUGUUUCCACACGAUUCAACUUUGUGUUUGGUACGACUGAAUCAGGUCUAUAAAAUCUUGCAGUAUGUAGAAUCUUAUCAGAAAGAAUGCAAGCUUAAUCCUUUGCCCAUCAUGCUUUGUGGUGACUGGAAUGGAAGCAAGCGAGGACAUAUUUACAAGUUUCUUAGAUCUCAGGGGUUUGUUUCAUCAUAUGAUACUGCUCAUCAGUACACAGAUGCAGAUGCACAGAAGUGGGUUAGCCACCGUAAUCAUCGGGGGAAUAUCUGUGGUGUUGAUUUUAUAUGGCUUCUUAAUCCUAAUAGAUACCGUAAAUUACUAAAAACAAGUUGGACUGAAGCAGUAUUUGGCAUGUUCAAGUAUCUACUUCGGCGAGCCUCCCUGACAGAGAAAGAUGCAUUUGCCUUUUUGAAGGCCGAUAGCCUUGGUGAUUACAUUACUUACUCUGGUUUCUGUGAAGCAUUACGACAGCUUAAUUUGAUUGGCCAUUGCCACGGAUUGAGUGUUGAAGAGACUAAGGACUUGUGGGUGCAAGCAGACAUUGAUGGAAAUGGUGUUCUUGAUUAUAAAGAAUUUCAGCAGCGAAUUUGGCAUCCUACUUGGUCAGAGGAAAGAGAUGGCAUAUGCAAUGAGGUCUGGGAAGAUGCUGUGGACAAUAUGGAGCAAACUAUUGGUUUCAGUGUCAAGAAUGCAGUUCUUUUCCCCACGGAAGUGGAGAAAGGAAUGUGGCCUGAAGACUAUUCUCUUUCAGAUCACGCCCGACUUACUGUGGUGUUCUCACCAGUAAGAAUGCCAUGUGGUUCGUUGAUAUCCUGACCAUAAAAAGAGUAGACAGACGAAUGAGAAAGGUCAAGGGCUUGUACACGAGCUUUGGGUGUCCAAAUGGCCGUCAUAAUUUCUCAAAAGGGAGAUCUUAAGCUUGAUCCUGAUGGGGCCGUGAUCAAAGGUUCUUUGCACCCUUGUGGGGAGGGAUUCGGAACACUGUGUCUCUUAAACUCCUUGCAGUGUGGUACGUGAGCAGACAGAUUAAGUUGCUAAGGUUGUCUUUGGGGCAAGGACUUGAUGAGGGAUUUGCUGAGGGAAAGGAAAUAGGAGGGAAAAAGUGGACAAAAUAGAAGUCUACUUUUUGUUACAUUUAUCUUUCUCUUUUCUUUUUCCUCCGCAAAUUCCUCCUCAAAUCCUAAAUCUAUACACCGCCCAAUGGGAGCUGAUUGCAUGUUUUCCCAUUACUACUGUUAAAAGACACUGACUCAGGUAACUCGUGCUGGCAGUUGAUGCAAUGGAGCGACUAUCUCAUUUCUCUUCAUAAGAUGAUAGAAAAUAGAAGCACGUAGAAAACAGAAAGAGAAAUUGUCCGGGUGGUAAUUCUUGCUGCCCCUCAGGGGAAGUAUUGAAGAAAAAAUGAAUGCAUUGUAUAAAUGGUAUACCUUUUUGAGUAAGGUGAUGUACUUUUGACUGCUUCUAAAGAGUAAUCCAAUUCUCUUAAGUGUC